GUCCGAGGAGGUCCGAGGACUUUCGGAGCUAGCCGAAGUAUCGCCGACAGUUUCCGGAAAGAGCCGAGGGUCUUCGAGGGACGGCGCUGAAGCGCAAUUAUGGCGGCGUCCGGCGCUGUGGUAUCUGAGAAGAGCGAGGAACCAGUAUUGGAGGCUGAGGCGCUGACCGCGGCCCGGGAGCGAAGCAGCCGAUUCUUGAGCGGCCUGGAGAUGGUGAAACAGGGCGCCGAGGCACGCGUGUUCCGUGGCCGGUUCCAGGGCCGCGCAGCCGUGGUGAAGCAUCGUUUCCCCAAGGGCUACCGGCAUCCGGCGCUGGAAGCGCGGCUCAGCCGGAGGCGGACUGUGCAGGAGGCCCGGGCGCUGCUCCGCUGCCGCCGCGCAGGGAUCUCUGCCCCAGUUGUCUUUUUUGUGGACUAUGCUUCUAACUGUUUAUACAUGGAAGAAAUUGAAGAUUCAGUGACUGUUCGAGAUUAUAUUGAAUCCACCAUGGAGACUGAAAAAGCUCCCCAAACUCUCUCUUGCUUAGCAGAGAAAGUUGGGCAGGUUUUGGCUCGAAUGCAUGAUGAAGACCUCAUUCAUGGUGAUCUCACCACCUCAAACAUGCUCCUGAAACCCCCAAUGGAACAGCUGAACAUUGUGCUUAUAGACUUUGGGCUGAGUUUCAUUUCAGCACUUCCAGAAGAUAAGGGAGUAGACCUGUAUGUCCUAGAGAAGGCUUUCCUCAGCACCCAUCCCAACACUGAGACUGUGUUUGAAGCUUUUCUGAAGAGCUACUCGGCCUCCUCAAAAAAGGCCAAGCCAGUGCUAAAAAAAUUAGAUGAAGUGCGCCUGAGAGGAAGAAAGAGGUCUAUGGUUGGGUAGAAGAAUGUGUGUGACAAUCACACACUGUUAAGCUAUUUAUUUCAUAGUAAAUUUGAAGGAGUGCUAUGAAUUUGAGUUAAGACCUAAAUAAAGGUGUUGAGAUAU